CAAAAGUAUAAACAAAGGAGGUACUCUUUGGAGCCAACUUAGUUUAGUAUGACGAGGGCGUAAUCCUAAUCAAAUCCCGAGAUAAUGCUGCUGAAGAUACGCCACGCCCUGUUGGAGGUCACCAGUCCGCCGGCCACGAAGCAGUCGGCGAUCAUAAUCAACAAUGAAGUUAUCAUCAGUUCAGGGAGCAUUCUGCAACCACAUUUGGUUUCGGAUGGGGACAAAGGAGCAGAGAACAAAGAAAUCAUCGGCAGGCUGCAGCGGGGACAAUUGCUGAAUGUUCAGAAUGAAGUGGAAGGUCAGCGCAUUCGCUCCCUUAACUUCUUAGUCACCUUUGAUCCACAGCAACGACGUCCAAGGCAGAACGCUGCUUCCGGUUCGAGACAAUCCCACAUCCUCUCCCGCUUCAUGGCCCAUCCGCUGUAUGUGUUCUGCGCUGCCGAGGUAUCCCGAAAUCUACACCACAUUCUUCUUUCCGCUGACUCCGGUGAUGGAAGCGAGGUGCUCCGUUCGAGUUUCGUGGUGCUAGGGCUGCAAACGCCCGUAAAAGAAGAGUCCUUCAAGAGAUUCCUGGCGUACAUUGGGAACUACCUGCGACAUCUGCAGCCCAUGCAAACCUUGGAUGACGUACUAGUGAUGUGUUCACCGUUUGGCCUGGAGAACUUCUACAAGACUAUUAGCCUAGGGAAGGUGUCUAAUGUGAUGGGACGCAGUGGCUGCCUGUUCGCCAUCUCCAACGCUUUGCCAUUGGGCUGUGAGGGUUCCGCCGUGUUCAAUAAUAAAUUGCGACUCAUUGGCAUUGUGAUAUGUACCUCAUUCCAGCGUCAACAGGAGAAUGUGAAUCUAACGCUGGCCGCAAACUUUGGCUACCUCCUUCGCAACUUCAUGGAGCAGCUGGGCAUGCCCACUACUAAAUUCCAGCUGGCUCGAGAGCCCUCUAACUUUGCUUGGGAGCGCACAAUUGUAGUUAUUGAGUCGGCCGGUCAACAAGGUACCGGUACUUUUAUACGAGUCCAUAACAAGCAUUUCAUUCUCACUUGUGCCCAUGUGGUGGGGCAGAGCAAUGGUACGGUUAAUUGCCGAGCUGCCGAUCGCGAGUUUCGUUCAGAGGUGAUUUGGUGCAAUCCGGACUGCGAUCGACCCUUCGACUUAGCGCUGCUCACAGCCCCGCAGGAUGUACCUGAGCGGUAUUGCGUGCGAUUGGCUAAGAGUCCAGCUACUCUUGGCCAAAUGGUGUACAACGCAGGAUUCCCCUUCUUCGUAAACUUCAGCUUUAAGCAUGACUUUAAUCCUUCGAUUUUCCAAGGGAGGAUUAUUAAGUGUGACACUGGAGCCAUUAUGUCUGAUGGCAGUGUGCAGGCGGGUCAAAGUGGGGGCCCAAUGUUUGAUCAAAGCGGAUGCAUACUAGGCGUGUGUGUGUCUAACAUUAAAUUGGACGACGUCGUCUACCCAAAUAUCAACACAGCCAUUCCCAUUUGUGAUAUCCGGAAUACGUUGCAGCAGUUUGCACGCACAAACGAUGUAAAGGUGCUAAGCAACUUGGUGGCCAGCCCCAAUGUACAUCGCGUUUGGUCUCUGGAAAUGCCCCCCAUUAGAAGCAAACUCUGAGGGGAUUCGUAUACCUUUUCAUUUGUAACUUCUUGUCCAAACAAUCGUUAACGUGGCUCUGAAGCACACUUAGAGCGUUGAACGAUUUUGAACAGAUGGGACACCGCAGGACAGCGUCCGAAGUACGGGAGGCUGCACCAUUUGGGUCGAGAACCUACCAAAAGAAAAAUUAGUAAAUAAAUCUAAAGAUUAUUUAAACAACAAG